AUGCCGUAUCUGGCGCAGGAACAUGUUCCAAUUCCGGGAACAGAUUUGCUGACAUGGAUGUUUGACCACCAUCUUCCAUACGAUGAAGACAAGCCGAUAUACAUUGAUGCAUCGAACCCUUCGCGGUCAAUAUCCCGCCGACAGGCUCGCAAGAUGGUCCGCGAGCUUGCAGCCGGACUUCGUGGUGCCGGCUUGAAGAAAGGGGAUUGUGUGUGUGUCAUGGCUUUCAGUGAUAUCUAUUAUUCCAUGGUUUUCCUUGGGAUAAUCGCCGCGGGUGGCAUCUUCUCUGGAGUCAACCCUUCGUAUACCGUCUUCGAACUGUCCCACGCCAUCCGUACAGCAGACGUCACGCAUCUGAUCGUCGAACCCGAGUUUCUUCCCAAAGCAUUGCGUGCGGCGAGAGAAUGCUCACUUCCUGAAUCAAAUGUUUUCGCUUUCGAUGUUUUGAAUCAGGCCAUUCCACAACAUCUAGGAGUUCAAAGUUGGACCGUGCUGCUGCAGAGCGGGGAGGAAGACUGGGAUCGGUUUGACGAUGAAAGGCGAAGCAAGGAGACUAUAGUUGCUCGGCUGUUCAGCAGCGGGACGACGGGUAUGCCAAAGGCAUUGGGUAUUUCAGUCUGGAAUCUGGUUGCCCAACACGUCGUGGUAAUGGAAGUUCGACCUCGGCCUUACGAGGUCCGCCGCCUUAUCUCUAAUCCGCUUUUCCAUGUGUCACAAGUGCCGCGGGUCCACACGAGCGCGAUCAAAGCCGGAAUACCAACACACAUUAUGCGCCGCUUCGAGCUCGAGAACUGGCUUUCUAACCUGUCCAGGUACAACAUCACCGAAGUGAACAUCGUCCCUAUGAUGGUUAUAAGCCUUCUGGCAUCCGGCCAUCUCGACUCUGGAAAAUACUCGUUGAAGUCACUCCGAAAUGCUUGGUCGGGUUCCGCACCUUUGGACUACAGCCUUCAGGUUCGCUUCAAGAAGUACUUGCGGCCCGAUACCCCCUUCAAUCAAGGGUGGGGUAUGAGCGAGACCACCUGCCUGGCGACGUGGUUCUACUAUCCCGAGCAGGAUUAUACGGGAAGCGUUGGGAGACUGUUACCCAAUUGCGACGCGAAGGUUGUCGACGAAGACGGAAAUGAUGUGACUGAAGUCAAGGGACCGGAUGGAUCGAAUGCCAGAGGUGAACUGUGCAUCCGAGGUCCUAUCAUUGUACAGGGAUAUUACAAGAACGAAGAAGCAAACAAACGAGACUGGGAUAAAGAGGGCUACUUCCACACAGGAGACAUUGCCUACUGUGACUGGGAGACAAAGAAGUGGUACAUUGUUGAUCGCAAGAAGGAACUUAUCAAAGUCCGUGGGUUUCAGGUUGCCCCCGCCGAACUCGAGGCUGUACUCCUCCUGCACCCUAACAUUGUGGAUUGUGCCGUCAUUGGGGUACAAGCGGCGAUCGACGAGUCCGAGCUCCCGCGAGCAUACGUCGUGGUACGACCGGGCACGACCGUCACUGAGGCCGAAAUUCGAGAGUUCACCAAGGACAAGUUAGCACGGUACAAGCAGUUCGACGGCGGCAUCAGAUUUAUAGACCAGGUCCCCAGGAAUGCGAACGGCAAGAUCCAGAAAUUCGAGUUGAGGGAGUUGGUCAAGAGGGAGAUGGGUGCCAGACUAUGA